UAAAACAGCUUCACCUUGAGGACACGCAUAUAUAAUUCCCUCUUUAAUGUAAUAUCAGAAAUUUUAAAUGUUAAAAAUACAAAAGUUAUUUUUAUUUUAUUUCAUUUUAUCUAUCUAGCAAGGCAAUACCAUAAACUGUAUCUGGGUAAUAGGUUAAAUCAAACCUGCCUUGGGGUUAUAUUUUUUCCGACGCACCUUGAACGCGUCGUCGAUCAGUUUCGCGUCAGUUUGAAAAAGAAAGUAACUGUGAGCUCGGGCUAGCGGUGAUUGUUGUUCAACUAUUACACUGACAAAGUGACAAGGCGGCUGUAAUGAAAAUUGUUAAACGUAAAGCGUUUCUGCAAAUGUUGCGUUGUUAAAGAAUAAACAUGAGUUAUGUUCAGAGAGGACGACAAGCUAAAUACCAUGGGCUGGAGAACCAAGGAGCUACAUGCUAUUUGAACAGCAUCCUGCAGGUGCUAUUUAUGACCAAAAACUUCAGAGAAAGAGUCACAAGCCAUAGCCAUAUCAAGAAUGAUACAGAGAAGAGAAAUGUUGAAACUGAACUGAGUGAUUUGUUCAGCACUUUGGAAAAACGUCAAGCUGACACACACAGUCUCACAAAGAAGCUGAAGAUCAACAAUGUCUUUGAGCACCGUGAUGCCGCAGAGCACUAUGAGAAGAUCUUACGCAAUAUCAGUCCAGAGGCGUCCCAGAUCUUCCAUGGAGAAUUGACAAACAGAAAUAUAUGUCAGGAGUGUAAUGCUAAAACUGAGACUGCAGCAGGAUUCUGGAGCCUCCCUCUUCCUCUGGUGAACGAUAACAAUGAAUAUAGUGUGGAGAAGGGCAUUGAGGACUUCUUCCGUCCUUCAGAGAUCAGUGGAGAUAACCAGAUGUACUGUGAGAAGUGUGAUAAAAAAUGUGACGCUGUUCUGGAUUGUGAGGUGACACGUUAUCCAAAAGUCUUAGUGCUCCUGUUAAAACGAUUCAAACUGGCAUGUGUUGGUAAUGUUUGGGAAAAAGUAAAAAUCUGCUGCCCAGUGAAGAUGCCAGACACACUGCAAAUGAAACAGAAUAAAAUAUAUACUCAAUACAAACUCUAUGCUUAUGUGGAGCAUUUUGGAAAUCUGCGACAAGGACAUUACACUGCAACAAUCAAGUCACAAGAUGACAGCCGGUGGUACAUUUUUAAUGACUUAAAGGUUGAAUUGUCAAGCUAUGACCAUUUUCAGUUGGAUCCUACACAGACGUCCAGAAGUGUUUAUCUUCUGUUUUACCAGAAACAGAAAGACACAAAUGUGGAUAGACGUAACACACCAGACACUUUACCAACAACAACACUGCUCAAAGGGACUGGAAAUCAUCACAGCUCCUCAAAGGAAGAAGCUGUCAAUAUUAAAUUUUACACACACAACCAACCAGUCACCCCAAGAUCAAAAAGAAAGGAGGAAAGACCUAGAAAUGAUGAAGAAAAUGAACCAAAGAGAAUCAAAACAAAUAUAAAGCAUGAUUUAGGUCCAGAAGAACGCAGUGAAAGGUCUCAAGUGUUUGAAGAUAAACACAAGGAAACUGGUCAAAAUUUUGAUCCUGGAAAACAAUCAAAUGUAAACGGCUCAUAUAGAAACCCCAGGGAUGUCAAUGAGAAGCCCAGAAUGCAGAAUAAACAUAAUGAAAGGGAAGACCAGGCAAUGGCUAAGAUGCAGCAACCAGAAUAUUUAUUAGAGGAGUGCAGUCCACAGAAAGCUGAAUGGGACACACAUGUCAGUCAGCAAGACAGUGGCCAUCAGAACUCUGAUUCAAUGAGGCAAUCAAAACAUAAAGGACCAAAUGUAAAAGCCUCAUAUAGAGACUUCAGCAAUGUCCAUGAGAUGGCCAAAAUCCAUGAUAAACAUAAUGAAGGGGAAGAGCAAGCAAUGGCUGACAUGCAGCUAUUUAGGCAACAAAAUGAGUACAGCCCACAGAAAGCCGGCUGGGGGACACAACAUGUCAGGGGAUUAGUAGAAUAUAGGCAACAAGAUGGUAUGGGGUAUAAGGAUAGAGACGGACACACUAGAGUUAAUCGCAGUAAUAGUUAUGCUCCAAGUAAACAUGAGAGGCAAUGUGAGCUGAUCAAGAGGCAGCAGUCAAAACAAAUGGAAAAUUCCUCAGAUGACUACAACCAAUCAAACAACACAUGGAACAAACAAAAUGUCGGUCAACAAAUUGGACCAGCACAAUACAGGCAAGAUGUUAAAAGUUUUAAAAAUAAUCCUAAACACUACAGACUUAGACGCACUAAAAGUUGUGCUCCAAGUGAAACGAGAUCACUUGAGAAUAUGUGGCCUAAUCCUGAGAAUUCGAGAGGAAGAAGGGAAAGGUCUUUAGUCAGAAAUGAACCUGAUCAAAAGUCAACACGUAGUUUUCAUGAACCACACAACCAGCAUUAUUCACAGGAAAACUUCAGGAAAGAAAUCCAGAAUGAUAAAAUGAGAAAUGAUGGACUAAGGAAAAACUCAAGAAGAGAUGGACAGAAUGAGAGACCGUCACAAGAAAUGCCUGAGCAAAUUAACCCUCAGCAAUGCUUGCAAGAUUGCAUACACGUCAGUCAAGACAAAAUAUGCAGUCAGGUCAUUCGCAAAGACCAAAAGAUACAUGUGCUGAUGAUAUGGGUAAAAUGAAAGAUGGAAAUAAACUAUGCCACAACAAUGCAAAACCUGAGGCAGAAAUAACCUGUGAGUAUUUAGCUGAACAGAUGAAACAUUUAUCAUUGAGCAAUCCCCCCAAAAAAUCAGAAGAGGAGCUUGAAACAAAUUAUCGCCAAAGCAGGAAGAAGAAGAAGUGUUUGCCGAGGUGUCGUUUGCCGAGGUGGCGUGGUUUGCGUCGUUAUAUUUGUUUUUUAUCAUGUAAGAAGAAAACACACCAAAUGACUAGGCAGGCACACUAUUACUACUAUUAGAUAUAAGGAAUAGUUUAUAAUUAUGUUCCUGGUUUGAGUGAGUUAUUUUCUCAUUCUACACUAUACUAGAAUACUGUUGUAUUGUUUUUGUGUUUU